AUGAGGCGACAACAUUCUGGAAACUCUGACAGCUGGACGCGGCAUUGUCAACCAGCACCCGGCGGGUACUGGAUAAAGAUUGGUUGUUGGGUCCAAACUCGACUAAUCAGAGCUGGCGCUGAUGCUGGACUGGCCGCGAAGAACCCUCCACGCCUUCCGCCAGCUGCUUGGCCUCGACCCGAACGCCCUUGGUGCCGGGUGCAUAUCGACUACGCUGGCCCAAUUAAUGGAGUGACGUACCUCAUCCUGAUUGAUGUCUUCUCCAAAUGGCCAGAAGUUGUGCCUGUCAUCCCACCAACGACAACGAACACUAUACGGGCAUUGUCACAGCUCUUCAGCCAGCACAGCCUACCGGAGACUUUGGAAUCCGACAACGGAUCACAGUUCUGCUCAAGCUGUUUUCAAGAGUUCUGCCGGGAAAAUGCCAUCACGCACUUCCGUUCGCCACCAUACCACCCGCAGUCCAACGGGCAGGCGGAACGUUUCGUCGACACGUUCAAGCGGGCGCUGCUCAAGUCUCGAGGGGAGGGGACACCCGUCGAAGUUCUCCAGGGAUUUCUUUUGGUUUAUCGGACCACUCCAAAUGAAUCUCUAGAAGAUCGGAAGUCACCCGCCGAAGCGCUCAAGGGCCGGAAAUUGCCAACUACCAAUUGGGCCAUGAGUCCGGCACCGACGGCUAGUUCCCGACCUGACGUGAACAAAAAAAACCGGCCCAGUUCCAAGUAG